UUUGGCUCAUCUCACGGAUCUUGCCUUCCUUUUUCCACAGCCUUAUCUUUCUUUCUACUACUAUUUUUUUCACUUUUUUUAUAAUUAUAUUUUAUUUUUUAACAAAAUUUAUUUUAAUUAAUUUUGGAAUUUUUAAAUAAAUGUGAGAGGUGGGGCUAUUACAUAUCUUGGUAUAUAUAAGACCCAUCUUGAAGAACUGAUGAGAGGUCAGUCCGUAUUACUAAAAAAUAAAAAUCGUCAAAACAUCAUCUCUUUAUCUAUAUUGUCAGCAAAGAAAAAGCAUAAUAUAAAUUCGUUCUUAUAUAUUAUUCACAAAAAAAGAAAAAGAAAAAGAGAAUAUGGCAGCAUCUUGGGUUAAAACAAUCACUUCUCCUUUCAAAAAAGCUUGCACCUUUCUUAACCAUCAACCUCCUAAGGAUAAGAAAUCCAAGCAAGAAAAUGAAAAUACAGUGAUGGCCCUACAUGGAGAGGUGAUGGCAUGCACAUACGAGGAUGUCCAGGUCAUGUGGUCUAUGUUAGAUAAGUCCAAAACUGGAGCCUGCAAUAUGACUUCCUGACUCCAAUCUAUUGGGCCUCAAGUUGGGUUCUCUUAUUCAUACCCAUUUGGGCCCACUUCCUUUUAUUGGCCCAUUCACCUUGGCAUUUGUGUCCAUGUAGAUAAUAUGUUAUUUUGGAUAAUGCUAUGGAGAAGCCAAUUUAUUAAAUUCAAAAAAAAAAGAAUUAUGUGUAGUACUACAAUUUUUUUUUCUUAGUAUAUAGGAGUAUGGUUAUUUGCCAUCCCCAAUGGCUUCACCAUCAAUUGGAAAGCUCAGGGUCUUUUUCAUUUUUUAUACUCCUAUUUUGUAAUGUGUUUACUAGGGAAUCCCCGUGUAUAAUUAUAUUUAUCACGGCGUGAUUUUUUUUUUUCAAUGGAAUUAGUAAUCUUUCUUGAAUUGCUA